AUGAGAUUAAGUUUUACAAAACUUCAUUAUUUAGAAACUUCUGCCUCUGCUGAUUCAAACGAAGAGUCACUAGGCGAAGGCCAGCCAGAAACUGGUAGAAAGAAAAUCUACAAAACUAAAACCAAAACUGAAGUCAUAACUAAAGAACAACCUUCAAAGUCAACUGAUUCUGGUGCUGAAGAAACUUCUGCUUCCUCUUAUUCAAACGAAGAGUCACUAGGCGAAGGCCAGCCAGAUGUGCUGUCGUGUCCUCAUGGUUUCACAUACUUGCCUCAAAUCAAAAAAUGUUAUAAAUUGUUGACGAAAAGAAGUAGCUGGAACAGAGCCAGAAGAGCAUGCAAGAGAAUAGAUCCCAAGACACAUUUAGUGGUAAUAAAGAAUUUGCAAGAACAGAAUUCAGUGGCAGGCUAUUUGAAAACAAUGAACGACACCAUCCAAAAAAGUUGCUUCGAUUCUGUAAACUCCAACGUUCUGGUAUGGACUGCUGCAAGAAAUUUGAAGGAAGGUGGUGGUUUCGUGUGGCUGCCCAACAGUGAUAGUGAGCCAGAAAAAAUUGAAUAUUCGGCUUGGGCGACACAAAAUCCUCAGGGUCAAUGUUCAUUCUUCAAAUUUCCUGACUUUUUAUGGACGAGUGGGCCUUGCAUAGGUGAACUUGAAAACUACUCCUUAAAUGAGGAUUCAAAAGAUAAGAAUAAACAAAAGAAGAGAAGAAUUAAGUGGGUUCAUGUAGGAGAUUGGUCCAUUGAAGAUAUGGGUGAUGAAGUUUCAAAAGAUUUUGAUUCUUGGUCAGAUUGGGCAAAAGAUGAAAUAGGUUCAAGGUGGUAUCGAGUUAGAACGUGCAAAAAUGAGAAAAAGGAAAACUGCAAUGGCAAAUUGAAACAAUGGAGAAAAAAAGUUGGCUUGAAAAAAAUGCACAAAAAUCAUCAUUUUGGAAGAAAAUACGGAAACAAAUCUGGUUCUAAAGGCACGGAAAAAUCUGGUUCAUUUUCAUAUGAAGAAGAUUCUAAUGGUUUGACUGACGAUCAGGAAGACUUCUCUAUUAGUGAAGAUUCAAAAGAUAAAAAUAAACAAAAGAAGAGAAGAAUUAAGUGGGUUCAUGUAGGAGAUUGGUCCAUUGAAGAUAUCGGCGAUGAAGUAUCAAAAGAUUUUGAUUCUUGGUCAGAGUGGGCAAAAGAUGAAAUAGGUUCAAGAUGGUAUCGAGUUAGAACGUGCAAAAAUGAGAAAAAGGAAAACUGCAAUGGCAAAUUGAAACAAUGGAGAAAAAAAGUUGGCUUGAAAAAAAUGCACAAAAAUCAUCAUUUUGGAAGAAAAUACGGAAACAAAUCUGGUUCAAAAAGCUCGGAAAAAUCUGGUUCAUUUUCAUAUGAAGAAGAUUCUAAUGGUUUGACUGACGAUCAGGAAGACUUCUCUAUUAGUGAAGAUUCAAAAGAUAAAAAUAAACAAAAGAAGAGAAGAAUUAAGUGGGUUCAUGUAGGAGAUUGGUCCAUUGAAGAUAUGGGUGAUGAAGUUUCAAAAGAUUUUGAUACUUGGUCAGAUUGGAAAAAAGAUGAAAUAGGUUCAAGAUGGUAUCGAGUUAGAACGUGCAAAAAUGAGAAAAAGGAAAACUGCAAUGGCAAAUUGAAACAAUGGAGAAAAAAAGUUGGCUUGAAAAAAAUGCACAAAAAUCAUCAUUUUGGAAGAAAAUACGGAAACAAAUCUGGUUCUAAAGUCACGGAAAAAUCUGGUUCAUUUUUAUAUGAAGAAGAUUCUAAUGGUUUGACUGACGAUCAGGAAGACUUCUCUAUUAUUGAAGAUUCAAAAGAUAAAAAUAAACAAAAGAAGAGAAGAAUUAAGUGGGUUCAUGUAGGAGAUUGGUCCAUUGAAGAUAUCGGCGAUGAAGUAUCAAAAGAUUUUGAUUCUUGGUCAGAGUGGGCAAAAGAUGAAAUAGGUUCAAGGUGGUAUCGAGUUAGAACGUGCAAAAAUGAGAAAAAGGAAAACUGCAAUGGCAAAUUGAAACAAUGGAGAAAAAAAGUUGGCUUGAAAAAAAUGCACAAAAAUCAUCAUUUUGGAAGAAAAUACGGAAACAAAUCUGGUUCAAAAAGCUCGGAAAAAUCUGGUUCAUUUUCAUAUGAAGAAGAUUCUAAUGGUUUGACUGACGAUCAGGAAGACUUCUCUAUUAGUGAAGAUUCAAAAGAUAAAAAUAAACAAAAGAAGAGAAGAAUUAAGUGGGUUCAUGUAGGAGAUUGGUCCAUUGAAGAUAUGGGUGAUGAAGUUUCAAAAGAUUUUGAUACUUGGUCAGAUUGGAAAAAAGAUGAAAUAGGUUCAAGAUGGUAUCGAGUUAGAACGUGCAAAAAUGAGAAAAAGGAAAACUGCAAUGGCAAAUUGAAACAAUGGAGAAAAAAAGUUGGCUUGAAAAAAAUGCACAAAAAUCAUCAUUUUGGAAGAAAAUACGGAAACAAAUCUGGUUCUAAAGUCACGGAAAAAUCUGGUUCAUUUUUAUAUGAAGAAGAUUCUAAUGGUUUGACUGACGAUCAGGAAGACUUCUCUAUUAGUGAAGAUUCAAAAGAUAAAAAUAAACAAAAGAAGAGAAGAAUUAAGUGGGUUCAUGUAGGAGAUUGGUCCAUUGAAGAUAUGGGUGAUGAAGUUUCAAAAGAUUUUGAUACUUGGUCAGAUUGGAAAAAAGAUGAAAUAGGUUCAAGAUGGUAUCGAGUUAGAACGUGCAAAAAUGAGAAAAUGGAUAACUGCAAAGGUAAAAGAAAACAAUGGAAAAAGGCGGGUUGGAAAAUAAAGCACAAAUCGUGGGCUAUCAAAGGAGGACAUCAUUUCAACUGGCUUAAAUAUGGAAAGUUUGGUUCAAAAGACAUUAAAGAUUUUGAAUCAUCCUCUAAAGAAGUUUUACCAGGUGAUUUGGAAGAUAGAACGUUGGUGUCUGUUGACAAGGAUUCUAAAGGUGAUUUGAAUUUAAAAACAAUGCACAAAGAUGGAAUGGAAAAGGCUGGGUCAGCCAAAGCUGAUAUAUCAGCCAAAACAGGUAUGUCAGUCAAACUUGGUGGAUCAAUGAAUUUGGGUGGAUCAAUGAAUUUAGGAGGAUCAGCUUUAUCAGGCUUAUCAAACAAAGCUGGUACGUCCGUUUCAGGAGGAUCAUCCAUUUCCGGGAGAUCAUCCAUUUCAAGUGGAUCAUCAGUUUCUGAUGGCUCAUACAAAACUGGUGGGUCAAUAACUUCAGGUGGGUCCGCUUCUUCAGGUGUAAAAAUUUUAUCUAGUACGUCUGGUGGUUCAUCAGUUUCAGGUAAUUCCGUCUUGACGAACCAACUGGCUGGAGGAAGUAAAGUGUACAUGACCACCACCUUCACCAGAUCCUGGACAGAAAUUGAAGAAUACGAUGAAGAAUACAACGAGGAAGGAGGCACCACUAGAAUUAUUCGCUCAAAGAGAUCAGCUGAUCAGUCGAAAGAUCUUGUUGCUCAUCACUCCAAAGAUAAUUUGAAAGUUAGAGGAAGAUCAAUGUGGGGCGAUAAUGGCGACGACGACUGCGAACUCGACAUGUGCGCACUCUGUGAAUUUGAUCUUGAGUGA